AUGAGGCUUCUGCGCUGUACCGACGAUGGGUUCACUCUGACAAAGGACUUUCGUCCUCACGAAGAGUGGCCGGAGUACGCCAUCUUGUCGCACAGAUGGGGCCUAGACGACGAAGAGGUCACACAUGCCGAUCUGGUCAACAACGUCGGGGAGACCAAAAAACGUGUUUGGACGGUGCCGUUUGAUCGAAAUCCUUGCUUUACCGGCCGCGAUGAUGAGCUCAAAGCCAUCCGUCAGAUGCUCGUCGUCAAAGACCGAACGGCAAGGGUCGCCAUCACGGGCCUUGGCGGCGUCGGGAAAACGAAUAUCGUGCUCGAGUUGCUUUACCGCAUGCGGGCUGAAUACAAACAUUGCUCGUUCAUCUGGAUUCCGGCAACAAGCGAGGAAUCCCUCUCACAAGCAUACCUCGCGGCUGCUGAGAAGCUGGGCAUACCUGGCUGGAACGAUCCAAAGGCCGACGUUAAAAAACUGGUGCAAGCCUAUCUUAGCAACGAAAAUGCGGGUCAAUGGGUUCUUGUAUUCGACAACGCCGACGACCGGACUCUGUGGCUUGAGAGGCCUGCGAAUGAUCCGCACUCGUCUCGUCUCAUCGAUCAUCUGCCAAAAAGUAGCCGCGGGUCCAUCAUCUUUACGACGCGUGACACAGGUCUAGCAGUGCAACUUGCUAGUCCGAACAAUGUGAACGUAUCCGAUGUGGGCGAGGCUGGCGGCAAGAAGCUGUUACGAAAAUACAUACAUGAGCAAGAGCUUCUUCAGAACGAGGAAGACACGGCUGCUUUGCUCAAGUGGUUGACAUACCUGCCACUGGCCAUCGUUCAAGCAGCAAUGUACAUCAAUGAAAUUGGAUUAGACCUAAGCGAGUACUUGUCGCUUUUGAAUGACCAAGAGGAAGGCGCCAUUAAGCUCCUUAGCGAGGACUUCUUAGACUACGGACGGUAUUCUGACGGAAAGAACCCGAUCGCCACGACUUGGCUUGUCUCUUUUGAGCAAAUACGAAAGCGUGAUAGUCUAGCGUCCGAGCUCCUCUCUUUCAUGGCUUGCAUAGAUGCCAAAGACAUUCCGCGGUCACUGCUGGCACAAGAUCUAGGGCGAAAGAAGGAGGCCGAUGCGAUCGGAACACUCAAGGCCUUCUCCUUUAUCUCGCAAAACCGCGCAAGCUCGACUUUCACUAUGCAUCGAUUAGUGCACCUGGCAAUGAGGAACUGGCUCCAAAAAGAACAGCUGCUACUUCCCUGGACCCAAAAGGCCGUCACGAGGCUCGCGAAUGUCUUGCAAAAUCCCGAUUACCAUCAUCGUGAUAUUUGGAGGUCGCAUAUGUCUCAUGCACAGUAUGCGCUCACGAUGUCACGGGCGCAAGGCCUACACGUGGCUCAGGCACCCCCCCACAUGUCCACGCAUGCAAGGUGUCUUCAUGGAUUGUUAGUCUCUUCGAAGAUGCCUAUUUCCUCAGAGCCCAUGCCGACAAAACCGUCACACACAACAGGACUUCGUGAAAGCGAUGGCACAGACAGACAGCGUCUGUUAUCGGCUUACGGGACAUGCCUCUAUUACGAUGGGCGAUACCGAGACGCGGAAGCAGCAAGGAAAGAGGUGAUGGAGACGAGUAAGGCGAAGCUUGGAGCCGAUCAUCCCGAUACGCUGACUAGCAUAAACAACCUGGCGUCGACGUACAGGAACCAGGGCCGGUGGGAGGAGGCUAAGAAGCUGUUUGUGCAGGUGAUGGAGACUCCGUCGACGUACAGGAACCAGGGCCGGUGGGAGGAGGCUGAGAAGCUGUUUGUGCAGGUGAUGGAGACUCUUUAUGCCCGGUACCACGACAGAGGCGAGAUCUAUCAGUAA